UGAUAUGUGUUCUAUGUUCUAUUGUGAAUAAAACAUGGGUCUGAGAUUUGCAAAUCAUUUGCAUUCUGUUUUUGUUUACAUUUAUUUACAUUUUCCACAGCAUCCCAACUUUUUUGGAAUUGGAGUUGUAAUCGAUGCCUGGACCCAUAUUUUUUUAAAGCUGCUUUGUGAUGACACUAAUUAGAAAUAGUGCUAUACAAAUGCAUUUGAACUGAAUUGUAUGAAUCUUCAAUAUUUAAACAAGUGUGCAACAGUCAUCGCAGUGCCAUGUGAACAGCGUGGCUUCAGCCUUCAUUGAACAGAUGGGUCAAAAUAUGACACUAGAAUGUGUUAACAUUAUUAAAACAUUUGUAGCCUUAAAAACUGAAUGCAUUGUAAACACAGUUUUGCAUAAAGCACUAAAGCACAAACUAAUGUUAAAAUGUAACCUGAAUUCUUUUCUGACACAGAGACGUGGGUUAUUGCGAUUAAUGAUUGAUGACUGAAUUUUGAAGUCUUAUGUAAUGUUUCUGAAAUUUGUUGGGUUGCCAAAGCACCUGUUAGUUGCAAAUGCAAAUGAGCUUUAACUGUCUACAUUCAGUCUGGUGUUUUAGUAGCUGAAAGAGAUUGAUGUUUCUGUACAUGGUGGGUUAAUUUUUUGCUUGAAGUAGACAAAUCCUGUCUGUUCUAGUCUGGUGGCUGUCAAAGGUAGGAUGAAGUUCACUAUAUAUCACUGAAGUAGGUUUACCUUAUCUCUAAACUCGGUGUUGAGUAAACGUGUGGGUUAAUAUACAGUUCAUGUUAAAAUGACUGUACAUUAACCCACAUGCUUACUCAGCACUGCGUUUUAAACAAAGGUACAUCUACUUCAGUGAUAUAUAGUGGACUUCAUCCUAUGGAGUACAGCCUAGGACUGCUUUCUGCAUGAUCUCCACAAUCUGAACACAAGGUAUUGGGAUUUUGAUGAAGAUGGCUGGCAUGCAGAUGAUGUUGUGUCUUUUCUGCCUGGGUUCAGUUCAGGCUGGGAAGCUGUUAGUGAUUCCAGCAGAUGGGAGCCACUGGACUGGGAUGAAGCCUUUAGUGGAGGAGCUGGGAAGGAGAGGGAAUCAGGUGGUGGUUGUCAUUCCAGAGGAAAGUCUCAGUAUGGGUCCUUCAGAACAUACAACCACGCUUACAUUUCCUGUACCCCACACUAAAGCUGAGAUAGAAGAAGUUUUAUCCUCCAGCCUUUACGAUAUUGUUAGUAUAGACACAUCUACUGAUCUGGGAGGACUUCUGAUUUCUUUCCUCACUGUGGAGACACUUAAGACUUGGACAGUACAAAAUGCAGAGAGCUUACUGUACAACAAGGAGUUGAUGAAGACGCUGAAAGACUGGGACUUUGACGCCAUUCUCACAGACCCUUUUGAGCCUCUGGGAGCCAUCGUUGGUGAAUUCCUCAACAUCUCGUCCAUUCAUAUUCAUGUUAACCAUCCAUGCAGUGCUCACUUUCUGGCCAGCCAGUGUCCAAGUCCAGUUUCCUAUAUCCCACAUCGAUAUACUCAGUAUUCUGACCGGAUGAGCUUUUUCAGGAGGACUGUGAACAUGGUCAGAGCUUUGCUGCAGCCCCUGGCCUGUAGACGUCUGUUUAGCCAUGCAGACGAGAUUGCCUCACGAAUUCUGCAGAGAGACACAUCCAUGCUGGAGAUCAUGAGCCGUGCAGCUAUCUCAUUAAUGCGCUUUGACUUUGACUGGGAGUUUCCACGACCAGUGAUGCCUAACAUGGUCAUGAUUGGAGGAUUUUCUGUCCCUAAACCAAAACCUUUGCCACAGGUAAGCUUUUAA